CCUAUGUUUUUUGAAAUUCCGACGGUGGUUAUAUGUUGAUCUUUUUGAAGCAUUUAAUCUAUGAAUCUAUGAAACUUAUUUGGACACAUGAAAUAUAAUUACAAAAAAUCAAGGCUGUAGAAUCUCAUCUUUGUAUCUCACUCUGUUUUGUCAUAACCUCUGAAAUAAUGCUCAGAACUUAUUUUGAUUUUACCAUCCUUGUAUAAUUUUUCCAUGUCUCACUGGAUUUUAAUAAUAAUCACAUUUCAUUCCAUAACAAUGGCAUCGCUCCAAGAAGAAAUACCAAAAAUGUCUCUGGCUGUGGAUAGCUGUUGCCAAUUUUCAUCUAAAUUCCACCGAGCUAUAGCACAAAAAGUGAGGGAUAAUAUUGUGGAUUCCCCUCUUGGGAUACAUUUGGUUCUGUCUUACCUUUUCCAUGGUUCCAACAACCAUACUGCUGAGGAAAUUAAAGCCGGUCUUUCCUUGUUCAAUACAGACCAAUUACAUUUGGAGUAUGGAGAAAUCAUGAAAAGUCUUAAUAGUAUUAUCUCGGUUGAGCUGAGCAUGACAAAUGGGAUUUUUCUACAGGAAGGUGUACAACUUUACAAAACAUUUCACAGUAGAGGAAUCGAGUUUUAUAAUUUUACCAUAGAGAACCUUGAUUUUCGUGACAAUGUUCGUUCCACAGAGAAAAUCAAUUCCUGGGUUUUCAAAAAUACUAACAACAAAAUAAAAAAUAUUGUGUCAUCCGAUGAGAUUGAUGAAUCGACGAAAGUCAUACUCGCCGGUGCUGUAUACUUUAAAGCUCAGUGGAGGCAACGGUUCGAUCCGACGAAAACGGAGAAAAAAAUAUUUCACGCGACGAAAACACGAAACAAUAAAGUUGAUACUAUGUUCAAAGAAUACAAGUACCGACAGGGGGAAAUACCGAGUUUGAAUUGCCGAUUCAUCGAAAUUCCAUACAUGAAUGGAGAUAUUGAUAUGGUUAUUCUAUUGCCAAAUGAGAUUGAAGGAUUGAAAGACGUGGAAGAAAAUUUUGAUUGGAGCACUGUUGUAAACGCAAAAAGUUCGACACGUUUGACGCGAUUGUACUUGCCGAAAUUCAAGAUAGAGGCGACGAUUGAUUUGAAGGACACUCUUAUUGAGCUUGGUUUUACCUCGAUGUUCGAAGAUAACGCUGACUUGACGAAGAUGUCUUACACACCUUUAAAAGUGGAUAAGGUUGUUCAAAAAGCAUUCAUCGACGUUGACGAAGAUGGGACUGAAGCGGCAGCUACAACGGUCGUUCAAAUGAGGCUAAAAAGGUCAUUGGUUGCAAUGGACGAAAUUCCGGACGAGUUUAUCGUCGAUCGACCGUUUAUUGCAGCGGUUCGCCACGUAUCGAAUAACAUUCCGUUAUUCUUUUCAAGUAUUCGAGACAUAGGCACGACACUAGAAAAGGACGAAUUGUAGGUGACCCCGUCUUGUACGAAUUUAUACAUUAUCUUCAACUUUCAUAUUUUAUACGACGAAAUAUUAUUUAUCGAUAAAGGAAUUACGAAACGCACAAAUUCUUUAUACUACUGUAUAUUAUAUAUAUGAAAAACAUUUUCGUGGUAAAAA